AUAACAACAACACCCUUCUCCCCCCCCGUCGAGAAAUCAGCAACUAAACUAAAAUUAAAACAAUGGACUUUAUGAUGGCAAAUAACGGAGCCAACGGCGGAGUCGAUACACAGGCCCAGCUGAUGCAAAACGCCGCAGCCGCUGCGGCAGUGGCAGCCACAAAUGCGGCAGCCGCACCAGUACAGAACGCCGCUGCCGUGGCCGCGGCCGCUCAACUCCAACAGCAGCAGCAGGUGCAGCAGGCCAUACUGCAGGUGCAACAACAGCAGACACAACAGGCCGUGGCCGCAGCAGCCGCAGCCGUGACACAGCAACUGCAACAACAACAGCAGGCAGCCGCCGCCCAGCAAACGGUAGUCCAACAACAACAACAGCAGCAACAGCAACAGCAGCAGCAGGCCGUUGUACCCCAGCCGGCCGCAGUGCAGCAGGCGGUGGUGCAACAACAGCCACAGGCGAACACCAACGGUAGCGGUGGAGCCACCCAGAAUGGCAGCAACGGCAGCUCCGAGACGCGCACAAAUCUGAUUGUGAACUACUUGCCGCAGACGAUGACCGAGGACGAGAUCCGGUCACUGUUCUCCAGCGUGGGCGAGAUAGAGUCUGUGAAACUGAUACGGGACAAGUCGCAGGUCUACAUUGACCCCCUGAAUCCCCAGGCGCCCAGCAAGGGUCAGUCUUUGGGCUAUGGCUUUGUAAACUAUGUACGCCCCCAGGAUGCCGAGCAGGCGGUGAACGUCCUCAACGGCCUUCGGCUCCAGAACAAGACGAUCAAGGUGUCGUUCGCCCGUCCCUCGUCGGACGCCAUCAAGGGCGCCAAUCUGUAUGUUUCCGGACUGCCCAAGACGAUGACCCAGCAGGAACUGGAGGCGAUCUUUGCUCCGUUCGGUGCCAUCAUUACAUCGCGCAUCCUGCAGAAUGCCGGCAACGAUACACAGACCAAGGGCGUGGGAUUCAUUCGAUUCGAUAAGCGGGAAGAGGCCACCCGGGCCAUCAUCGCCCUGAACGGCACCACACCCUCCAGCUGCACGGAUCCGAUUGUGGUCAAGUUCUCGAACACGCCCGGCAGCACCAGCAAGAUCAUCCAGCCGCAACUGCCGGCCUUCCUCAAUCCCCAGCUGGUGCGACGUAUUGGCGGAGCGAUGCACACGCCGGUGAACAAGGGACUGGCCCGAUUCUCGCCCAUGGCCGGUGACAUGCUCGAUGUGAUGCUGCCCAAUGGUCUGGGUGCUGCGGCGGCGGCAGCCACAACGCUGGCCAGCGGUCCUGGCGGAGCAUAUCCCAUUUUUAUUUAUAAUCUGGCACCGGAAACGGAAGAGGCAGCCCUGUGGCAGCUAUUCGGUCCAUUCGGGGCUGUGCAAUCGGUGAAGAUCGUCAAGGAUCCGACCACGAAUCAGUGCAAGGGCUACGGCUUUGUGUCGAUGACGAACUACGAUGAGGCGGCGAUGGCGAUCAGGGCCCUCAAUGGUUACACUAUGGGAAAUCGGGUGCUGCAGGUCAGCUUCAAGACCAACAAGCCCAAGUAAAAAAAAAAAAAAAACAAAAAACACACAAGGAGGAGCAGCCAUUGACCCUGAAAUCACACACACACACAUCUUAACACUCUCCCACACACACACACACACAUAUAUAAAUAUGCAUGGUAUAACGGUAACUAAGCGCAACAAAACAGUAUGUGUAAAACACUCAAAAAAAAAAAAAAAAAAACAAAAACAAAAAAAAACAAAGGACUUGAAAGAAAAGAAAGUCCUGGCCAGGCAGGAGGCGGAGUAGUACUCUCUCUCACGUGUCGAAACAACGAACAACGGCAUCAUCCUC